AUGAAGCUAGGUGCUACAAUCAGGGCCGUCAAGAACUGUAUGGGCAUCGCAUACGGCGAAGCCGUUGAAUUCUGCUUGAGACAGUCGAACAUUUCUCACAAUCCUGCCUGGGCUCAACUUCAAGAGAGCUCUGACUCAGGUAGACGGGAGGAAGCGUACAAGUCUCUCCUCAAAGAGUUCCAUCAGGAUGUCUUCCUGCGGUAA